UUUCCAGCACACCUUGUUUCUGGCGUUGUAUGUAAUGGAAAAAUAAAUUCUACUUUAAUAUAUAUAUAUAUAUAUGGAAAUUUUAAUAUCGGUUUAAAACAGGCAGUUAUAUUUUCCAUAAAAUCUAUGAUGUACAUCCUAAUUAUAAAGUGCCUGUUUGGAUUCAUUUUCGUAACCGGAGCUUUUGGAGAUCGACGAUGUAAAGAGAACUUCAAGAAGAUGUCUAUUAUUCCGAGCUUCGCCAAAGAUAUUGAAUCAACUGAUCUGCAGGUACUUUAUGGGAAAAACGAAUGGGUGAAAUGUGGUGAAAAAAUAGCUCUGAAACACGUCAGCGCAAAGCCAGUUGUAACUUUCGAUGUUAAAGGAGAAUGCCCAUAUGUCACUUUACUAUUAUUUGAUCCAGAUUCUUGGCUAAAUCCCACAUUUAUACACUGGCUUGUUCACAACAUUCCUGCAGAAACGAUGGCUAAAGGCUUCUAUGGAGAAGAUGGAACUGUCGCUGCAGAUUAUUUCGUGCCCAUCAUACCAAACCAUGAUCACAGGUAUACUUUCUUCUUGUACUGUCAACGUAAACCAAUCAAAGUGAAAAAAGAAAUGACACCGAUUCAAAGAUUAAGCUUCAAUACGAAGAAAUUCGCAAGAAGGAAGAAGUUGGGAAAUCCUGUUGCAGCCAAUUUUUUUGCGCUUACUACUUCAGGGAUUGAAUUGCCAGACAAAUCAGAAGACAAUUCUAAAUCAAGUGGUGGUUUUGGUUUGUUUUCAUUUAUACCCACCAAGCGCAAAUAAAUCUCAGUAUUGCGAUAGAAGUUAAGAUUACAAAGAUUUCUUUUCAAAGUACCUUAAAAAAUGCCAUCGAAACAAUUCUUCACUGUGUCCCACCCAUUUUUAUCCAGUGUAAUAUGCUUAGCUCAAUCGUACUGAAAUAUUAAGUAAACUUCUUUAUUAAAAUAGUGAAAAAUACUUUUGUGUCCGGAAUAAAAACAUGUCUUGAAACUUUCAAAA